AUGAGGAGUUGCAAUUCCAGAUACUUGACACUGGCUGCAGCUGUGAUCUUGUUUCUGGUACUGAUGGCGGACACAGAGGCUGAAGCCAUCCGGCUAGAUGCAGAGGCGCGGGCAUCACUCAGCGGCAGCGGUGGCAACUCAAUGCCGUCGAUGCAGAAGCCGAUUGGGAACAAUGCCGUCAACGUGGUCAAGGGUUCUGCUGGCUCGACCAGUGAGACAAAGAGGAGCGUCCAAGUUGCUGCAGAUGAAGUUAGGGCGGUGGCGUAUAAGCUGCCGGAGUUUCAUGAGGACUACUACGGUCCAAGUGAUCACAGCCCUGGGCACCAUUGA